GCCAUGUGCAAUGCUACCGACAGAAUCAUCCAGGUUGUUAGGACCGUACUGUACUGCAUGCGUUGGUCAUCGACCGCAAUGAAAAUUUUUCUUGGCGGAUGUAGGCAAUGGGCGAAUGUCCAUUAGAUGAUUUGCUCAUUGUUAAAAAGGAAAGAAGAAAAAAGAAAUUCCGUGCUGGGUGAGAGUGUGAUUUAGGUGUUUUUUCAAUUUCUAACCUAUGCGCCAAGUAAUACCGCCACUCAAACUAACUGCCUGCUGCGAGCCCCGUUCCACGAAAUUGUAACGGCCGUCAUCAUGUCCGACAGCGAAGAUGAAGCCGAGCAAACGCAAAAGUUCAUGUUCAAGCCGAGUUUUGUCAUAAUCGCGAUCGACGCGCACCCGUCUAUGUUUGAGACGCGCAAAAAUGAAGACGACGAUACCGUAACACAUGCGUUCAAAGACGCGUUAACGGCCUGUUACGAAGUGGCCGACUCAUUGGUUUUGACGUCGAACCGCAGGAGUUGGAACCAGUUCGGCGUCGUCGUAGCACGCGAAGACGAAGCCGCCACCCUCGUCGAAGUUCAAAACAAUCUGCUCGAUACCGUCAAGUUGUUGAAAACCGAGUGCGCCCUCGACAACGAAGAGUUGCGUCGACGAUACGAAAGACGAACCGACCUGGACCUCGCCGCGUUUUUCCUGCUGUGCAAGAAAAAGUUCAGGGACAUCAAGGCAGCAUUCUACAAGAGAACCAUCGUAUUUGUUACAAACGACGACAACCCCGUCGGCGGAGACGCGCGGCGCAGGUUCGCGGCGCUGAACGAAGCCAAAACGUUCGGCGCGAGUGAAGUCUCAUUCGAGUUGGUAACAAUGAAACACGACUUCAAUUAUGGGUUAUUUUACAAUGAGUUGUUUUCUGUGUACUCCUCAAAGAUGCCCCUGGUGGACGAAGUGUGCGAGGACAAGGAUGGUUUAGUAGAGAAACUGUUGGUGUCAAUAGUGUUCCGGUAUACUCGGCAAAAGUACAAUUUCUUCCCCUUCAGUAACGAUAGGGAACGGUAUCUAAAAGUGCUCAAGGUGAAGUUUUUCAAAAAGGCUAAGUUGUUUAACAGUGACAAGGCCUCGCGAGACGGCAAGCUGUUAAAAAGAGUGCACGAAAAAUCGGGGGUGGAGGCCUCCACCCAACAUCAGUUUACCCUCAGGAUGGGGAUCGGCAACGAGCCUUUAAAACUAGACCUCAAGGAUAAGUACGACAUCUACGGCAACGACUUGCCGCUGGGUUUUCACCUGUGUUACGUGUCCCCCCGGCAGACGGCCUUCGGCGUGUGCGGGAAGCCGACGUCAAUGCUGGUGGUGGACCCACACGAGGACUUGAAGUUUUUCGACCAGUUUUGGCAAUACUGCGUGGACAAUAACCGCGUGCUCGUGUGCAUUAAGAAGACGAGGCACCCCGAGAAGAUCCGGUAUGUCGAGCUCAUACCAAAAUACGCCAACGAUAUGAGAAUGUUCCUUAUAAAGCAUAUUCCUUACUGCAAUGAGCUUAAGUGGCCGAACAAGAGACUGGAAAUGGCGGAGCCGCCCAACUUCAAUACCACCGAGGCAAAGAAGAAAUGCGUUGAGGAAUUGGUGGAGCGGUUGACUUUUGAGUAUGACCCAAGAAUGCUAUCGAACCCGUCGUAUUCCAGGAAAAAGGCGUACGUCAAAUCGAAACUCCUCGACGAACCGAUGGAGGAAGUGGCUGAUGUCACCGUGAACGAGGAAGAGAUGGAGAAGCAGAUAGGCGACGUCAUCCGGGAGAUGAAAGUCCUUUUCCAGCUGCAAGAAAUGGUCAGCAAGGGGACGAAGCGGAAGGCCCCCGGACGGGGCAGGGGUGGACGCGGGAAAAGGGGAUGUUAAAAUAAGAAAAAUAAAAAAAAUUGCUACACGAUUUUGUAGGUUAAGUUUUCUCCUUGCUUUUUUUUCAAGGAUUUUUUUAAAAUAAAGUAUGGAAUGAUUUAUAAAUUGA